CAAUGAUCCUCAAAUAUUACUUACACCCUCCAUCUCCAAAAUUCUUUCUCAUCCAUUCCAACAAUGGAUUUCAGCUCCACCGUCGACACUUCUCGUCCUUUCACCUCCGUCAAAGAAGCCGUCGCCAUAUUUGGCGAACGCCUUCUCCUCGGAGAAAUCUACUCUCCAAUAAAGAGAGAAUCAUCAUGGAGGCUGUCAUCACCAUCACCAUCACCUUCAUCAAGACCAAUGAAAACUGAUGAAGAGAAUAACAACAAUAACAAUGGCCAGCUUGCUGAUAUAAUAAAGAAGCUGGAGGCGGAGCUUGAGCAAACAAAGGUGGAGCUGAAGCUGUUGAAGGAAAGAGGGAGCGAAACGGAGGUGGCAUUGGCAACGCUCAACGCAGAGCUUCACAAGAACAUGUCCAAGUUGGCUCAGGCCGAGGCCACGGCGGCGGGGAAGGCGGCGACAACAAAGACGGUGAGGUUUGAGAUCAGCGAAGAUAGAAAGGAUGGAACAGUAGAGAAGAAAAAAGAGUCACAAAGUUUGUCUCACAUGCUGAGUCUUGGAGAAAAAGAUCAUCUUUUCGGAGGGAAAAAGGGUAAAAAACAGAAACAGAAACAGAAACCUAUCAUCCCUCUCGUGGGGGAUUUGUUUUUCAAGAGAAAAUCAUCUUCUACAACUAGUCACCAUAAUCCUCUUUACGCUUCUCCUUUUUAAUCUAUGUAUGUGUUGUUUCUGCUAUGUGUGUCUUUCUUUUUUUCGUGGCCUUGGGUUCGGAUUAUGUCUUCUAUUGUUUGUAAAAAAUUUAAGUUGGUAUGUAUCUAGUAUCCACGUAAAAUCCAUGGUUUAUAUUUUUUCUGGCUUUA